AUGCCACCAUCCAACCCUCUCGCCAUCGCCACAUCGUCUCUUGUGCGCCUCGUCAAUGAGGAAGCCUCAUACCAUCGCGAAUUGGAGCAGCAGACGAGCCGCCUGAAGAAGAUGGAGGAGGAGCAAAAUGCCGGCCUCCCGGAUGAAGAUGGGAAUCGCGAGUUUUUGCUAAAGCAGGAGCGCAAAGCUGUUGAAGAAACGAAGGCUGUCUUCCCCACUUUGAGGAAGAAAAUCUCCGAUGGUAUCACCAAGUUGGAGUCUCUGUUGGCCGAGGAAGCCCAGAAAGGCUCCAACAGCAAUGUCGACCAGAUCAACGCUGCAAAGGAUGCUAUUUCCAAGGCGAAGACGGCUCUUAGGGAGUCCGCUUGA